AUGGCGGCCCCCAGCGAGUUCGCGUCUGCCAUGACCACCCGGUCGCUCCGCAUGGUCCGGACGGAACUAGAAUUCCUUGCCGAUGCCUCGGUGAUCACUCCUCGCCAGCUCUCCUCCAUUCUAUCACAGCUACCCACCGAUUCCGAGGCCCCUCGGGCGUUGCACGUAUCAUCAUCGCCGCCCCGGCAGCAGGCACAGCCUGCGCCAGCUCAACAUGUUCCAGUUCAAGCACAGCCCCCUCCGGCCCCCUACACGCCCUCAUACUCGCCUCCUGUCUCACAAAUGGCCAAUACGUCGGUGAAUGAGAAAGCCUACUCGCAGAAUCAAUAUGCAAGCCAGCCCCCGCAGGCCCCGCCAGCUUAUCCCCAAGUCCCGCCCGUCCUCGGUCUCGCCUCGGCCAUGUACGCAUACACACCUACCGAUGCUGGUGAUUUGGCCUUGCAGCCGCAAGAUCGCAUCCAGGUUAUCGAGCACAUGAAUGACGACUGGUGGCGUGGUCGCAACGAGCGCACUGGCCAGGAGGGUAUAUUCCCUCGAAGCUAUGUGAACAUUGUGAAUGAGAGGGCUGGUGUUUCUUCGCCCCCGCCUACAAACUAUGGGAACAUGCCUCUUGCAGUCAGCCAGAGUGGACAGCCUGAAAACCCCGAUGACCCAAAGAAGAACAAGCUCGAGGAAGGAGGCAAGAAGUUCGGAAAGAAACUGGGAAAUGCCGCAAUCUUCGGUGCCGGUGCUACUGUUGGCUCCAACAUCGUGAACAGCAUCUUCUAA